AUGCUGCGCUUUGGUUUGUGGGGAUACGACGAAUACGACAUUUACAGCCCUACCACAUCUCGUGGAAAGCUUGAUUGCCAGCUUGCAGCGCCAAUAACCUAUGCUUCCAGUGGCUAUAUUUGCACCUACAAUUCCUCUGGCAAUCCUGGCUCGUGCGAUGAAGAGCUCCCACGAUGUAGCCUAUGCAAGAAGCGAGGCCUAGACUGCGACUACCCGCCACCCGCAGCCGCAGAGGCAGAUGGCCAGCUCCCUCUCACACCACAGGGCUCCAGCGCCGACACGCCAACAAGUUCCGACGGCUGGUCGGGCCAAACGCGCAUGCUAGAGAUGAAGCUCUUCCACCACUACACGGUCGAAGCGUCCUUCACGCUCCGGCAAGACGUCCUAGAAGCCGGCCACUUCCAAAUCCCAAUCCCGCGCCUCGCGACAUCGAACCCAUUUCUUCUCGACAUCCUGCUCGCAUUUGCGGCCCUGCAUAUCGCGUUCCUCGAGCAGGGCGAUAGCAAGUGGCUGGAGAUUGCGCUGAAGUAUCAGAACCGGGCGACGUCGGCUUUUAGUCGCGUGCUGGCUGAUCUUGCGCCGGAGACUAUAGGGCCGGCGUUCAUCUGCUCGAUUUUCAUCAUGCUCUGUUCUUUUGCGUACCCGUGCGUGUCGCAGGAUCGAGACACGUUUGAUCCGCUGUCGCAGGUGCUCGAAAUUAAUCGGCUCCUUACGGGGUGCGCGUUUCUGUUCGAGAAGUUGGAUAGUGUCGAGCAGCCGGAGGAGAUGAAGGCGUGGUUUAUCUAUAAGCGACGAGAGGUGUUUUUGAAGAGUGGGCAUAUAGAGGACGCACAAGAAGACCCAAUCCUAGAGCAGUUACAACGGGACCUACUGAAAUCACUAGACAACCUCCGCAGCACCAUAGACUCAACAGAAAGCCCCCACCAGGCAAUGUACCAAAGCACCUGGGACACGCUGCAAGAAGCAAUCAAGGAGUGGCCGAGGGGGAAGAAUCAAGGCGGAAUCCUCGCGUUCCCGAUUCACAUCAGCCAGGAAUUCAUGACACAGUUACAAGAGGGCGACUGGACGGCGCGGAUUAUAUUCUUGCACUAUGGCGUUGGGAUGCAUCUGCUCUCUAACAAAUGGUAUGUUGGAGUUUGGGGCCGUCGCCUGGUUGCGACGGUGCUCGGGCCGCAGGAGGAGAUUCCCACGGAAUGGACGGAGACAGUUCUGUGGGCGAGAAAGAUGGUCUCAUAUACAGUACCGUAUGAUGGGGAGCGACAGAAGGAGAAGAGUGAGAUGGGGUUGAGGUAG